UUCAGAACUAAACCCUACAAUAUUGCAUUCAAUCUAUCAACAACUCUUCAUUUCAGAGAAACUUCUGAAACCAUGGCAGUUUCCAGGGAGUCUUACUUCUUCAUGUCCAUUAACUCACUAAGUUUUCUUUUUUGUUUAACAAUGUUUAUGGGAAAAUCAUCAGGUGCAGGUGUACCAGCUAUAUACUUAAUAGGCGAUUCUCUUCUAGACAAUGGAAAUAACAACUUCCUACAGACUAUAGCGAAAUCAAAUUAUACUCCUUAUGGAAUUGAUUUCAUCACCGGACCAACGGGAAGAACUACAAAUGGUGCUACUGGAGGGGAUUUCAUUGCACAAUUUCUUGGCUUACCUUAUCCACCAGCGUAUUUGAGUCUGUCCCAGGCAAGUAGAAAAAUCACAACUACUGGUAUCACCUAUGCCUCGGGCGCGUCAGGAAUUCUUCCUGAAUCAGGAUCCGCAAUGGGAGACAUCUUAUCUCUAGAUGAACAAAUCAACUACUUUAACAGCACAGUAACAAAUGAUUUGCCUACAAUUUACAGCAUCCCAGCAAUCCUAUCCGCUAAAUUGGCCAAGUCUAUCUUUGUUAUUUCCACUGGUAGUAAUGACUAUUUCAACAACUACUUACAACCUCAGUUCUACAACAGUAGCCAAACUUAUUCUCCUCAGCAAUUUGCUGAUCUCCUAUUAAACACUUUCGAACAACAAUUGACGACUAUAUACAAACUAGGAGGGAGAAAAUUCCUAGUUUAUAGUCUCGGUGCUCUGGGAUGUUUACCAAUUGUGAGAGCCGGUGCUAAUCUAACAAGUAUGUGUCUAGAAGAUGUGAACAAUUUGAUUAACCUUUAUAACAAUGGACUUCCGACUAUGUUACAACGACUUACUUCGACCUUACAAGGCUCUACUUUCGUCCGAGCCGAUCUUUUUACACUAGGGAUUGAUCAGUUCCAAGAUCCUGUUAGAUUUGGAUUUUCCGAUGGAAGAACUCCUUGCUGUAAUUUUGAUGUGUCGGGGAAGUGUAUACCAGGAGGAACUCCAUGCAGUGAUAGAGAUGACCGUCUUUACUAUGACGCAAUUCAUCCAUCUGAAGCAGUGAAUUACAAAUUUGCGAGAGAUUGCUUCUUCCAGCGUAACUCGAAAUAUUGCACCCCGCUGAAUGUUCAACAAUUAGCAUUGAAAUAGUCAUGAUAAAGAAGUCCACACCACGGUUUUUGUUUCUGUAAUAAAUUUCCUCUUUGAGUGGAAUCCUCCUUAAGUUUCUGCAACUGUUUUUGUCUUCUGCUUAAUGUCUCUCUUUUGCUUUCUUUUGUUUUCCUGUUUGAAUUUGGAGCUCCUUCCUCCCGUUCCCCCUUUUUCAUUAAUAAAUUUCCGUUUUUUCU